AUGCCCGAUUUGAAGCGUGGCGGGUCCUCUAAGAAGAGAGAACGCUCUCCGAAUCCCUCAGCAGAUGCGCCAGAUGCGCCAGAACGCGACGGCAAGAAAGCAAAAGGCAAGAAAAAAAAUUCCAAGAAAAGAAGAGCGAGGAAGAGGCUUGAGCGACAAAAAAGAAGACAAGCCGCUGCUGCUGCAGCUCAGGCAGAAGGGGAAAAACCUACUGGACAGCAGGAGCCUGCUGUUGCAGCUCCAGCAACGAGGAAAAAGUCUGCCGGGCAGAAUAGGCAGCAGCUCAGUAACUUGGAUCCGGUAGAGAAGGUCAAGCAGCAGGUAGCAAGGGGGCUGCGGCAACAUCCUAACAAAAUAAAGAAGCCUGUAGAUCACACCGGAGUAGAAGUGCUCUCCAGUCACGCACCUCACAAGAUAAAAGCUGAGGGCUACGUCUUUGUUCCGGCAGGAAGCAGGUACAUUACCCUCAAUUGCAGACGCUUGACCCUACAAUCUGGUAGAAAUGUAUGGAAGAUCGACCAUCCCAAAGGAAAAGGCAUCCAAGUGCCGAAGGAGCUAUAUGAAACGGUCAUUGCAAACGAGGCGGCAACCAGGACUCAAAGGAGUGCAAUAGUUGCGAAGAUUGAUAAAAAAGAGAACAACGAGGCUUUGAAAUGUUUAUUAAAGCUAUUCCCAAAUCUACCGCCUGGGGCCAGUGACGAGAUUUUGCAAAGAGCUUGGCAAAAAAGCUCAGGCAGGGUCGGUCGCACAAAAAAGUUGACUAUGGAGCAAAAGGUCCGACUUGCAGUUGUUGCCCAUGUCCGUCACUGCCAUACCAGCUACGAGAAAAGAUUGCGAGACGAAGUAAGCAAAAAUGGGGGGCAAAGGGCUCCAGCGAAGGCGGUCCAGAGAAUUAAGUCCCAGAUCUGGGGGGAGGUCAAUGCUGUAGUGAAGCGCUGGCAGAAGACGAGAGCUCAGGUUGCUCAGGUCGCUAAGCCCACCAUCGGAGAAAGAGUGAUACCACAGCAAAAUCCCCAUAGAGGACCGGCUCCACCCAAAACCCAAUGGCAACAAAAUGUUGAGCAAGGAUUCGUUAUCACUCAUCCCCCUAUAAAUCGUCCGCGGCCAAUUUUUAUCCGACAUGAAGAACGGAGGAAAUCGGAAGAAGAAAAGACAAAGAAGACGGAAACAAAGACCAAGCAAAAGAAGAAGCCAGUUGAGGUCAUUCUGAUUGAUAGCGAUAGUGAAGAAGACACCGCCACCGGAGCCGAUAUACCAGAAACAAUUAAUUUGCAAGAUGGUGAUGAAAUGGAGGACGGUGAGAUCAUGGAAGGAAACUCCAACGAUUGGGAUGCUGCUGUGGGAAAUGCCCAAGAUUGGGAUAUCGGCGAAGACGACGAAGAGUCAGACGUUGACGAAAAUUGUUUCUUCUAUCCCGACGAAGAAGAUGAGGAUUACGUGGAAAGUGAACGAGGCUUGGGCUCAGAUGCGGAUGAGGACGAUGAGGAGAAAUGCAGCGACCACGAUGUGGACAGUCAAAUGGUUCAGGACGAAUAUGAAGAAGAAGAAGAGGGAGAAGAUGAAGAAGAUGAAGCUGCAGCUGAUGAUGAUUAUGAUGAUAUCAUGGCUGAACCGGAUGAGCCCAUAAAGAAAGAAGGCGAAGCUGUUUCGGUGAAGCAAGAAAAUCCUCUUAAUUUGGAGAAAGUUGAGAUUGCAAAAGAAGUGGACGGGGCAACAUUUGAACCUGUCAAGGUUGGGGAUAUUGUCUCGGAGGAUGAAACUUCUAUGAAGGAACCGCAUAUAGAAAACAAUCUCGUGGUCAACGCAGAUGAGAUGAUUCUUGAUCUGGAGAAUAUCAAAGCAAUGAAAAAGGAAGACGAGAUCAUGACAGAUUCGAUUUCCCAGAUUGACGUCCAACCUUGUCCAGCCUCAGGGGUGCCCGAAGGUGGAGCUGAGGUCGAAGAGGCCAAGAAAUCAGUAAGAGAAGAGGAUAGUAUAAGGUCUGUGUUAGAGAAAGCGGCUAGAAUCUCGAAAGAGGAAGAGGAGGAGUUAAGAUCUGCGGUGGAAGCAGAUGAGGAUGAGAUCUAUCGUGACUUUGGAUUUUAG